AGCGCCCAUGCCAUGGUGCGGGAAAUCACACCAGAACCUCAAAAAACUUGAUUUUCGCGACCAUCUCCUUUCGCCCUGAUUUUUUGCGCACAGAGAGGGGAUGGCCUGGACGUUGUUCACAGCAAGUUUGGGGUGAUUUGGUCGAGCAGAUUUUGCUGGGCGGGAUGGGGCAGUGCGGAAGUUGGCACGAUAGCAGAGCAUCAGCAGGCCGUGAACCUCGAAAUCGACGCAGCAACACAGCACAAGACCUAUUGCAUCGUGGCAGCAGCAACGACCGUGGCGGGCGCCAAGUUGUGCAGCAGGAAGAGGACUUGGCUGCUCUAGAGCUUCAGCAGCAACUCAACCAACUCAACGAACUGCCACGAACUCCCACGGCAAGGGCGGGGGGGGGGGGGGGGGGGACGAUCGAUUCCGUGAGUUGGCAGGAAGGGCGCACGGUGCGUGAGCAGCAGCAGCAACUCAACCAACUCAACGAACUGCCACGGCAAGGGCGCGGGCGGGAACCCCGAAAAGGGAUUCUGUAGGGAAAUUAAUCGAAGAGUGGGGGGGAGGGACGAAUCGGAGCGACAGAGGGCUGAAUCUCAGUGGAUCGUGGCAGCAAGGCCACUCUGCCACUUACAAUACCCCGUCGCGUAUUUAAGUCGUCU